AUGCGACCCAGCGACGAGACCGGCCGGAACCCCAGAUCAGAAUGCAGCUCCGAAAUGCAGUGCUUACGGCAAUCUGGCUUUGGUAGCUCGAAUCGCGAUUCACCACCCCACGCAGCCUCUCGCUUCGAAGAGGGGGGUGUACCGGCUCCUGUUAUUGUCGUGUCAAUCCUUUUAGGCAGUGCGCGAAGCACGAUGAUGGCCGUCACAGUUUGCUUUUCCCACGUGGGGUGCAACGUGCGAUUUAGCGAGCGAACUGGCUUUUCUUCCCGCGUUGCUGUUGAAGAUGAGGAGCUGAAUGAGCACAGACUGCUGCGAGAAGUUCCACAGGGCCUACAGCGGGCGUAG